AUGAUGAUGUACGAAUGUGAAAAUUUUGAUUGUGCUCUUAAGCGACUUUGUGCUGAUCUAAGAAAAAUUGAAUAUCGUUCACAUUGUAUAGAUUGGUAUUAUGGUGAUCAUUUGUAUACGGAUAUUCGCUUUGUAGCAGUUAUUGAAAAAGAAGAAGAAAAUGAGUCUUCAUAUUGGUAUAGUGCUAAACAUGAAUUUGGGGUUAUGAAUAUGAAUAGUUCAAUACAAUUUAAAUAUUUUUAUCAGUUGCGAUAUGCGAACGGUUAUUUUAUGUUAUUUAAAACCAAUUCGUAUGAGAAACCAUUCUCGUUGGGAAGACAUUUUCGUAUUGAAGAGCUUUUAAGAGAUGAUGAUGGGGAUUGUUCGCUUAUUGAAAUGGUUCGGAAGAUUGCAGCUGAAACAAAUGUACUUUUGUCACCGAAAUUUGUUUAUAUGACACGUAUGGCAAGACGUAUUAUUAACUUACCGGUGUGA